CUAUGAUACCGGUAAUAGGUACAUUGUUUUGUUAUAUUGUACGAUCUUUGGUUGAUGAAAAACGCAUCUGACAGUCGUUAUUAUGGUACGGUUGGUGACGUGUAGACCUAAUAUUUAAGUAUUAGUUACACAAUUAUUCUAACCGGCCUCUCCCCACACUUAUCUCAACUUUAAUCUUCCAGUACAGCCUUCCCCGUCGAGGGCCCCCAACCACAGCCUCGAUUUGCGUUUGGUUCAGCUACAGCGCAGCACCAGUUUGUGCCUUUCACCUUCACCUUUAAAGAUGCCUUCGAAGAAGUUACCAGACAAUGCCGGGACGUCCGUUACGGUAAUGGAUCUGGACGGCUACUAUCUCCCGACAUUCAAUGAACUGAAAAAUCACGAGGAAGAACUGCGCUCCAUUCCUGAUUGGCAGGCAAGAGAUGACGACCUCAUGAUUUGUACCUAUCCAAAAUCAGGUACUCACUGGAUAUGGGAGAUCGUUAGUAUGCUGGUGAAGAAGAAGGCGGAACGGGUCUCUGCUGUCAAGGAGACGGCCAUGCUGGAAAUUAUGGCAAAAGCUACUCUUGACAACAUGCCGUCCCCCCGUGUUCUCAAUAGCCACGUGUAUUUUGAGUAUCUGCCAAAGGACUUUGCCAAAAGGAGGUGUAAGAUCAUUUAUGCGAUGCGUAAUCCUAAAGACGUGGCUGUGUCUUUUUUCAACCACCAUAGUAAAAUAUGUGAAUAUGAAUUCUCGGGAACAUGGGAAAACUACGUCCAAAGAUUCUUAAAAGGAGACGUCGACUAUGGAACUUGGUUCGACUACACGCAAAAGUGGGAAAAAUUCAUGGCGGACAACCCAGAGUACCCAAUUUUUAUGACGACUUACGAGGACAUGAAACAGGACCCCCUCCGACAGGUGACACGGAUCGCCAAGUUCCUUGAGAUAGAUUGUGACCAAGCUUUCCUCCAGGAGGUCACCGACCUCUGUCAGUUUGACCGCAUGAAGAAGGAGAAGGAUGCUCUAGGAGAGCAGGUCGACGCCUGGAAGGACGGUGUGCCCGGGAUGUAUCGAAAGGGACAGGUUGGAGACUGGAAGAACUGGUUUACGGUGGCGCAGAGUGAACUUUUUGAUCGUGUUUACCAGGAACGAAUGAAAGACUCGAAGGUUCAACCAAGAUUUACGUUAUCUUAAUGAUAACACGUGCAUAUUUUUUAUAGACAAGCUACUGAUGUUGAGACGGCAUUGAUUUAAUAUUGCAAAUCUGUUAUCAGCUACAAUAUACGUAUACAGAUAUAUGUAAUAUCCGAGUGAAAAACCUAAUAUCAACGACAAAAUCCCAUAUACUACUGAAUCCAUAUUGAUUUAUGUUUGUAGGAUACGAAUUAGUUAAAAUACCUUAAUUGGAGGCGCGGUAGUCUAGUGGUAGGACGCCGGGCUCGUGACCGAAGGGUUGCGGGUUCGAGUCACGGCACGGCACUGUGU